UACGGAGAGCUAAGGCUAAAGAAGGAUUUCCCCUGGCUGGUUUUGAUUCACCCUUACCUAAAUAUCAGUCAAACGUGUAUAACUUUGUUUAUCAGAACACAUAAUUUAACAAAGUAAUGGACUCGGACGAGGGUUAUAAUUAUGAGUUCGAAGACGAGGAGGAGGAAUGCAGCGAAGAUAGCGGAGAAGAGGAAGCCGAGGACGACACCCUGGAGCUCGGAGAGGUGGAGCUGGUUGAUCCCGUUGUGGCCGGUGGUGAAAGAGAUGAGUGUGGGGAAACGGGGGGUAGCGGCCUCGGGCCUGGUCAAGAUGAAGAGGACUACCGUUUUGAAGUACUUACUGCCGAACAGAUCCUCCAGCACAUGGUGGAGUGUAUCAGGGAGGUCAAUGAGGUCAUCCAGAAUCCUGCCACAAUUACAAGAAUACUCCUUAGUCAUUUCAACUGGGACAAAGAGAAGCUAAUGGAGAGGUACUUUGACGGUAACCUGGACAAGCUGUUCUCUGAGUGUCAUGUUAUAAACCCUAGCAAGAAGGCCCGGACGCGUCUGGUGAACACAAGAUCGUCAGCGCAGGACAUGCAUUGUCAGAUCUGCUAUCUUAACUACCCUAACUCGUAUUUCACUGGCCUGGAGUGUGGACACAAGUUCUGCAUGCAGUGUUGGGGCGACUACUUAACCACCAAGAUUAUAGAGGAAGGAAUGGGCCAGACCAUUUCCUGUCCUGCUCAUAGCUGUGAUAUUCUGGUUGAUGACAACACUGUCAUGCGACUGAUUACAGAUUCAAAGGUCAAGCUGAAGUACCAACACUUAAUUACCAAUAGUUUUGUAGAGUGCAAUCGACUGUUAAAGUGGUGCCCAGCUCCGGACUGCCAUCAUGUUGUCAAAGUGCAGUAUCCCGAUGCCAAGCCUGUGCGCUGCAAGUGUGGCAGGCAGUUCUGCUUCAACUGUGGAGAAAACUGGCAUGACCCAGUAAAGUGUAAGUGGCUAAGGAAAUGGAUCAAAAAGUGUGAUGACGAUAGUGAAACAUCGAACUGGAUUGCAGCGAAUACCAAGGAAUGUCCAAAAUGUCACGUGACCAUCGAGAAAGAUGGUGGCUGUAACCACAUGGUGUGCCGGAACCAGAACUGCAAAGCUGAGUUCUGCUGGGUCUGUCUGGGCCCCUGGGAGCCCCACGGCUCUGCCUGGUACAACUGCAAUCGUUACAAUGAAGAUGAUGCCAAGGCAGCCAGGGAUGCACAAGAGCGUUCGCGGGCGGCCCUGCAGCGGUACCUUUUCUACUGUAACCGUUACAUGAACCACAUGCAGAGCCUGCGCUUUGAGCACAAGCUGUACGCUCAGGUCAAACAGAAGAUGGAAGAGAUGCAGCAGCACAACAUGUCCUGGAUCGAGGUGCAGUUUCUGAAGAAGGCCGUGGACGUGCUGUGUCAGUGCCGCUCCACGCUCAUGUUCACCUACGUCUUCGCCUUCUACCUCAAGAAGAACAACCAGUCCAUCAUCUUUGAGAAUAACCAGGCAGAUUUGGAGAAUGCCACUGAAGUGCUGUCUGGAUAUCUGGAGCGAGACAUCUCCCAGGAUUCUCUGCAGGACAUCAAGCAGAAAGUACAGGAUAAAUACAGAUACUGUGAGAGCAGACGGAGAGUGCUGCUCCAGCACGUACACGAAGGCUAUGAGAAAGAUCUGUGGGAGUACAUCGAGGAUUGAGGCUACGUCCCCGCUCCAUAGACUCUGUGAGAGUAACUGAACCAGCUAGAGCGCUGAUGCAAUUCAAACCAAGCAGCACGGGCCUCCCCCUGUCUCCUCUCCCAUCCGGCCUCCUGCCCAAUAUUGCCUCAUUUUCCCUCCUUUCUGUUUGACGAAAAA